CUUAAAAGGCAUGAUGAUGAUUACAAGAAUUUUAGUUUAUUUAGUGAUAGCUAGUUUCUAUCAGUGUACAUUGUCACAUCAUUUGAGGCACCAUAAUAAUGCCGGUAAUCUACAAAUAUUAUCAGACAUAUCCGAAGAUAUUGCCUCACAGAAAAAUAGGAGAAGUGUAGAGCCUGAAUAUUAUAACAGAAAUAGUUCAGAUUCUGAUAAAGACAAGAUUCCAUAUAGUUAUAAGAAGUUGGACAAGAUGAUGAAGAAAGCUAUUCUCCAGAUUAUUCUUGGCGAUUUGCAUCCAGCCGAUAUGCUGCUCCUAAAAGCGUUAAAUUAUACAAUGGAGGAGGUAAUGGCAAUUCGCGAGCAUGAGUUGAGUAAGGCGAAGGAAGAAGAACAAUUUGAGACGCGAAAGAAGAAACAAAAGGAGCAAGAGCUAUUGAGUGCCAAAUACCAGACUGCGAUUCAUCACAGGUCAUCUCUGCAUCAACGCAAGAAAACGAAUCGAGAAAGCAACUUUGAAACUUAUAACAGUCAAGCAGUAUAUGAUUAUGAAAAUGGACCUACAGCAAUAGCGACGUCAUCUUCAAAGUUGGAUUACGAGGAGUCUAUGGUUACGAAUGAUAAGAAUAAGGUCAGUUCUAUAACAGAAGAGAGUUUCAGGCAAAACUUCGAUAGAGCCAUGGAGCCACACGUGGUCUUUAAGAUAAGAUACGACGAUUCGGAAUUCGAUUCAGGAUCUGAUGAAAAGUCUAGGAUAACUUUAAAAAAUCAUCGGGUUAAAACAAUUUUAAAAAUUGAUAAAGCUAAAUCUGGUGCAAUGAACUUUCGAAUUUCUGAAACUAAUAAUGAAUGUACGAGUACUGCUGAUACUGCCGCCUCCGCUGCUGCUGCCGCCGCAACUGUUGUUUUAGAUACAAAUUAUGAAUUGGACGGGUCAGUCGGGUCAAGCAAACAUUUCGAAGACUAUAGUAGACAAACCAUUUUCGAUUAUGAAAAUCUUGUACACAAUGAGAAAUUGAACGGAGAUGAAGGUGCAAAUGAUAUCAAAGAUCGCCCAGUAGUGAUGAAAAAGAGAGAAAGAGAUUUCGUUAGCCAUGAAAAAUCGAAAACAACACUAAAUAGCUCAAGGCUAGAGUAUAUGGAACAACGCAAUGAAUCUGCAACCACUGUGAAUAGCAUCAAAAACGAAAAAAGUGAAGGAGAAAAAGCAACAACAGUUAGGAUGCGGACUAGCGAGUACGAGGGUCUCGAAUGGGUUGGGGGUGACGUUUACAGGGUCAUGCCCGAAGCAAUGGAAGCACUUUUAAAUUAUGAGGACGAAGCAGCUAUGAGUACUGCUACUACGGAUUACGAAAUCAGGGGGGGUGAUGAGGAAAAUUUACGACAAACUUCGUAUUUAUCGUUGAGUGAUCUCAUGAAUGAUACCUUCGAGUAUCAAAAUGAUGAAUCAUCGAUUUAUGCAUCCAAUGAAACUUCUGCAGAAAAUCAGAAUCUAACAUCCUAUCAUCGAUUAACCCUGGCUCAACGGCGAGAUCAAGGGCAAAAAGCGAUCGAGGACAUUAAAUUACGAGUAUUAGCCAUGACAGGAAGGUUUAAUCUCACUUCGAGCAAUAACCAAGUACAGCGAGAGAGACUUACAAUGUUCUCUCCUGUUUGUCAAAUGCCUCGAAAUGCCGAUGCAGAAGCUUGGGUCGAUCCGUUCUCUAUGAACAUGCACUUCCAGUUGAAUCUAACUUCCGGUGAGCACGUGUUAGCCGCGAAAUUGAGACUAUUCAAGUUGCCUCAAGAUACUUUCACAUUGCCAAGUAGUAGUACUUACGAAGAAGAGGAAGAGGACGAGAAGAAAAUUAGAGUAUCGGUUUACUUCUACACGAAAUCGUUGAAAAAGCACAGAGCGAAAAAGCGGCUGAUGGAUUCCAUUGUGACGCCGUUGACAUCUCAGGGCAGUCACUUAGCUCUGGAUGUGCGGCAAGGGUUACGUUUCUGGAGGCCAAACGCUCAACACGGCCACACCAGCAACAGCAACCACGGCCUCGUCGUACAACUCGAGGAUCAGGACGGCAGGCCACUUAAACCCGCUAUGUAUAUUCAAGAGCCCUCGUGUCAAUCUUCGAGUGCCGAUUCCGAAACCGAUGAGAAGGCAUACCAGCACAUCCCUGCCCUUUUCAUCCGAGCCUGUACUCGUUACGUUCGCAUCUUAAAUGGCAAAGUCGAAAUGUAUGUUCAAUGUAGACCAUCCCAGAGGCACUAAUAUCCCAUCGUAAUAUCUACUUUCGAGCGAAAUACUGUCUAAAAAAUGUUAAAAAUUUCUUUAGGAACUUCAUACAUGAAAUUAUCAUUUACGAAGAAAUCAAAUUGGAAAGAAUUAAAU